AUGCAAUAUCAGGAUGAUGCUACCAAUGUGCUUCUUGAGAAACUCAGGAUGAAUGGUGGGGUUAUUGAUGCUUAUGAAGACUUCUUUGAUGGCAUGGACUAUCUUGAUGCUGUCCAAUGGGGCAAGAUCAAAGAAGGCGACCCUAUCCUUAUGCUUUCAAUUGAUUGCACUCAGUUGUACAAAAGCAAGCAAUCCAACUGUUGGAUAUACAUAUGGGUAGUAUUUGACCACCACCCACAGGAGCGCUACAAGAAGAACUCACGCAUCCGCCGCAUCCGUCCUGUCCAUGUCCAUUCUACCUCAUUGACAGAGACUAGUGUUUCCCCAGUAGCAAUCCCCUUAAGGGUCGAACUGUGCUUGUCCUCAAAUCGAUUUCUCGCUGCUGCACUUGUUGUUCACACACCGGGUAUGGUUUAUCUCAAUGGCCUAGUGGGCUCACACAGAGGCAAUGGCUGUCAGCUCUACUGUGGUAUGAGAGGGUGCCAUAAACCAAGUGCUGGUGGACACUAUUACCCUGCACUUCUCAAGCCAAACAACUACAAUCACCUGGGUUCUGACCAUCUUGAUAUUGAUGUUGAGCACCUUCCUCCUGCAUCUUCAGGAAACUACCUUGACAACCUCAAGUACCUGAUGCAGUCCCACACUCAGACUCAGUACGAGCAGUGUCGCCUUGAAACGGGUAUAUCCAAACCCACUAUCUUUCUCAGUAUACAAACCAACAACAUCCUUGGUGUUCCUGGCUGUUUUGGAUUGGAUAUCAUGCACAUUGCUACAAUCAACAUUGCCAAUGAACUGAUUCCAAUAUGGUGUGGCUCUUUUCAAUUUGAGUCUACUGAUGAUAAGGACACAUGGUACUGGGCUGUUUUCAAGAGUUGUGUCUGGCAAGACCAUGGUAAAGCUGUUGUGGACACAACCCCUUACCUUCCUGGAUCAUUUGAUCAUCCACCUUGUAACCCCACACAAAAAAUCAACAGUGGAUACAAGGCUUGGGAGUUUCUACUCUGUCUCUUUGGCCUCGGGCCUGCAAUCCUCUAUGGUGUACUCCCCAAUGUCUACUGGAAAAACUUUUGCAAGCUUGUUUGUGGGAUAUGA